AUGAGCGGAGAUCCAGAAGUCACUUGCUAUAACCUCUUUGAGGGAAUAGGACCAUGCACAUACGACCAUAGGGUAUGGAAAACAGGGCUUCCCGUCCGCUCAGCCGUACUUAAGCCACACGCCGGUGAGUUAGUAGUUGGGUGGGUGACCACCAGCGAAUCCUCACUGUUCGCCGCAUUUGACCAACGCCUCGACCAUCGAUGCGUGUCCGUUUUGAACUGCAAGGUGCAUGGCGGUCAGCCCAUGUCCAUCCGCCAUGGACACCGUCGCCGCAGCACCAUGCAUGAGCAACAACUGUCCUACCUUGGCGUAUCCCAGAGCGGCAGCCACGUGAAGAGGCGUGCGUCCGUCGCUAUCCUGAGCUUUUACGUCUGCAACAUGAGCCAGCAAUACCGAAACUAUCUCUUCGCUAUUCAGAAUCACGCCAUGAUGCAGCAAAGUUCGGCCGGAAGCCUGCCUAUUGCAUGCCCUAGCGUUCGAUUCAAGUUCCAAUGA